CCUUUCCUCCCCGCCUUCCGCAAGAUGGCGGAGGGCGCUGGUGGGCGCGCGCCAAGCGGGGUCUGACGGGCGGGCGGUGUGAGGUGGGCAGGUAGCGCCGGGCUCGUCCUGCGCCACCUUACCACCUGCGGAGCCUGAGAGGGCACAGAGCUCCCUCUCCGCCUUCUUCCCUCGCCUUUAGGGCCGAGAGGGCCCCGAGGUCCCUCUGCGCCGCCUUUCCUUGCUCCCGGGCCCGAGCGGCCGGGCUGGGCCCGCGGGAGCCAGCGUGCUCCACGUUGCUCACAGUGAUCCCUUUCUGACAUCGUAAAAAACCCUUCCUUGUCAUAAAGCGAUCAAGAGUGGCCUUGUAGUGCCUGACGGGCUACAAGAAAGCUGGGGAGGGACUGUUUACAAAGUUCUUUUGGAGAUAAAGCCCUUGGAGAGGAAAAAUGACAUCGAUUAUCAAGCUGACAACUCUGUCGGGGGUGCAGGAGGAAUCUGCCCUUUGCUAUCUGUUGCAAGUAGAUGAAUUUCGUUUUCUUUUGGACUGCGGCUGGGAUGAAAACUUUUCAAUGGAUAUUAUUGAUUCUCUGCGGAAACAUGUACACCAGGUUGAUGCUGUUCUUCUUUCUCACCCUGACCCUUUACACCUUGGCGCUCUUCCGUAUGCAGUUGGAAAAAUGGGGUUGAAUUGUGCCAUUUAUGCAACUAUUCCUGUAUAUAAAAUGGGACAGAUGUUUAUGUAUGAUCUCUACCAGUCUCGCCACAAUACUGAAGAUUUCACACUCUUUACGUUGGAUGAUGUAGAUGCAGCCUUUGAUAAGAUACAGCAGCUGAAGUUUUCUCAAAUUGUGAACUUGAAAGGCAAAGGACAUGGUUUGUCAAUCACACCAUUGCCAGCUGGCCACAUGAUAGGAGGCACAAUUUGGAAGAUUGUCAAGGAUGGAGAGGAGGAAAUUGUUUAUGCAGUUGAUUUCAACCACAAGAGGGAGAUCCAUCUGAAUGGGUGUUCCUUGGAAAUGUUGAGCAGGCCUUCGUUGCUUAUUACAGAUUCUUUUAAUGCUACUUAUGUACAACCCCGGAGGAAGCAAAGGGAUGAACAGCUACUGACUAAUGUUUUGGAGACACUACGAGGUGAUGGAAAUGUAUUAAUAGCUGUGGAUACAGCAGGCAGAGUUCUGGAACUUGCUCAGCUUCUUGAUCAGAUCUGGAGAACAAAAGAUGCAGGAUUAGGAGUCUACUCUCUAGCCCUUCUGAAUAAUGUCAGCUACAAUGUAGUGGAAUUCUCCAAAUCACAGGUUGAAUGGAUGAGUGACAAGUUGAUGAGGUGCUUUGAAGACAAGAGAAACAAUCCUUUUCAGUUCCGUCAUCUCUCCUUAUGUCAUAGUCUGUCUGAUCUGGCUCGAGUGCCUAGUCCAAAAGUUGUUCUUGCUAGUCAGCCAGACUUAGAGUGUGGAUUUUCUAGAGAUCUUUUCAUUCAAUGGUGCCAGGAUUCCAAAAACUCUAUCAUUUUAACUUAUCGCACUACACCUGGAACAUUAGCACGAUUCCUGAUUGAUAAUCCUUCUGAAAAAGUUAUAGAUAUUGAGUUGAGAAAACGUGUCAAGUUGGAAGGAAAAGAACUUGAAGAAUACCUAGAAAAGGAAAAACUAAAGAAAGAAGCAGCUAAGAAAUUAGAACAGUCCAAAGAGGCAGAUAUCGAUUCCAGUGAUGAGAGUGAUGCUGAAGAGGAUAUUGACCAGCCAACUGUACAUAAGACCAAACAUGAUUUGAUGAUGAAAGGUGAGGGUAGCCGGAAAGGAAGCUUCUUCAAACAGGCAAAGAAAUCUUACCCAAUGUUUCCAGCUCCUGAAGAAAGAAUUAAAUGGGAUGAAUAUGGCGAGAUUAUCAAACCUGAGGAUUUUCUAGUUCCAGAACUUCAAGCAACAGAAGAAGAAAAAAGCAAAUUAGAAUCUGGUUUGACAAAUGGAGAAGAGCCUGCGGACCAGGAUUUAUCAGAUGUUCCUACCAAAUGUAUUUCUGCCACAGAAUCUAUGGAAAUUAAAGCCAGAGUUACAUACAUUGACUAUGAAGGACGCUCAGAUGGGGACUCAAUUAAAAAAAUUAUUAACCAAAUGAAACCAAGACAACUGAUUAUUGUCCAUGGACCACCUGAGGCCAGUCAGGACCUUGCAGAAUGUUGCAGAGCUUUUGGUGGUAAAGAUAUUAAAGUUUACAUGCCAAAGCUGCAUGAAACUAUAGAUGCAACCAGCGAAACUCAUAUUUACCAGGUCAGGUUAAAAGACUCUCUUGUCAGCUCCCUUCAGUUCUGUAAAGCCAAGGAUGCUGAGUUGGCUUGGAUAGAUGGUGUUUUGGACAUGCGGGUUUCGAAAGUGGAUACUGGAGUUAUUUUGGAAGAGGGAGAGCUGAGGGAAGAUGAAGACUUAGAGAUGCAAGUGGAUAUGCCUUCUUCAGACUCUAGUGUCAUCGCACAACAAAAGGCCAUGAAAAGCCUCUUUGGUGACGAUGACAAGGAGAUCUGUGAGGAGAGUGAAAUCAUUCCUACUUUGGAACCUUUGCCACCUCAUGAGGUUCUUGGACAUCAGUCUGUGUUUAUGAAUGAACCGAGGCUUUCUGACUUCAAGCAAGUUCUCUUGCGUGAAGGUAUACAAGCUGAAUUUGUAGGAGGAGUGCUUGUGUGCAACAAUCUGGUGGCUGUUCGCAGGACUGAAACAGGGCGCAUUGGAUUGGAAGGCUGUCUCUGUCAGGACUUCUAUAGGAUAAGAGACCUUUUGUAUGAGCAAUACGCUAUUGUCUGAGGAAAGUGCUGCAAAGAUGUUUUAACUUGAACUUUUAAAGACAAUGAAUAUUUCUCCCAAUUUUGACUUUUUGUAGUUUUCUAACUUAUACAGGAGAAAUCUAAUUCACAAAGAACAAUUAACUACUCUGAACAUGUAAAUAAUUGCUACUGUUGUUCAUCAUAAAUCUGUUGGUACAUUCCAUGUUGUUGACUUUCAAACUAUUAUGAAUUGCUGCCUCCCACAUAAGACAUUAUAGAUGAGUUGAUGACUGUAAACCCUUCUUGGGAAAGGUUCAGUUUCUUAGGGCAUGUUUUGGUUUAAUAGAUUCCCUGCCAAAGAGUGCAAAAUGUGUCAUUCUCCUGCUCUGACAUAAGAUCAGAUAGGGAAAAGCAGGUUUCUGUGGUUGUGUUCUUUUGGUUUCGUUGGUGUGGUUUGUUUUGUGUGUUUUUUGUAUUGUUCUUUUGGGUUUUGUUUUUUUUAAAUAACUCAUUUCGGGGACAGUCUUUAGUCUUUUUUUUUUUUUUUUCCUUAAAUGGAGCUUAGUCAAAGUACAUUUUUAAUAGACCACUUAAGGUGAGACUACCUAAGCUUUCCCCCAGUGUUAAUCUAGCUGUAUCUUAAUAUUCUGUCUGCUCCAUCUUACUGGUAUAUUCCAGAACUGCAUUUCAUUCUCCACAUUAACCUGCAGGAUCAAAAAGUUACUUUGGAAAGGGACUCUAAGAAGACUGGACAAUGUUGUCAGACAGCUUGAAAUCCAAUUAUUGUGUGGUUUCGAGUAACUACUGUACAAAUUUACAGAACUUGUAACUUCUAGAUUUUGCAAAAUUAUGCAAGCUAUAAAAUCUUUCCUGAGUUCUGACUUCAAUAGUUUCAAAGUCUAAAGCCUUUAUCCAUACACUGCUGUAUGUUCAGAGUGUCAUGAGCCAGGUUCAGGAAAUCUGCCUUCAUGUGAUUUAUUCAAUACUUUUUUGCUGUGUUUCAUUCUAUUUGCAUGUUUUGUACUAAUUUUCAUUCUAGUUGACAGUGGGACUUACUGUAGCUGCUGAUGCUCGGAAUGGAUGUUAAUUUUUAGGUGAAGAUGAACACAGUUUUGGGUGCCUGAAUUUCUCGGAAAUUAACUUAUGCGAACAAAUAGUCUCUUGAGAGUUUAUUUAAUCCUUUUUUUUAUCCUGUCCACACCAGCUGUGGCAGUGGAGGUUUGCUUUCUUGUUUUUACAUAUAACAGCAAUGUAAUAUGUGCUCUCUGUACGUAUGUUUAAAUAAAACCUGUUGGAAAAGUGGCAAAAAAUAGCCCUGUGGGCUAUCAGUGGAAAGAUAAUUUACUUUGCAAUUUAUUCUUGACAAAUAGUUUUCUACCUGAUCUACAGACUAUUUAUUCUGCUUAAAAUAAUAACUUAAAACUGAAGCCUGUGUCAAAAAAAAAAACAAACAGUAAAAAAGCCCCCUCAAAACCUCAUAGAACUCUAUAUUUAAAAUGUAAAAACCUUGAAAAUUUAAUGCCGAAGGAGAUUUGUAUUUUGUUGUACAAAGAAAAUUUUGGCUAGGAAUGACUGAAUGCUUUAAUGCUUUUUUUUUUUUUUUUUUUUCCCCCCAAGAGUAGAGAAAAAUGUUAUUUUCUGUUACAUUGGCAGCCAGAUCUUCAGAGAAAUGCUCUGGUUUUGUAGCUGUUUUGUGACAAUGCAAUGUCAAUCUAUAUGAUGCUGGAUCCUUGUUUGGUGAAUACUGUUGUAUUACUCUUGUUGCUGAUACUAAUGAACUUUUAUAAAGUCACUUACUUUGUACA